UCGAACUCUCCUGACACACACGCACACAGCGGCAGAGUUGGAAGCAAAGGUAAACCGCGCGCACAGUGCGUUAUAGUUGUGUUGUCGCAGCUCCGGCAUCAGUAAAUAUGACAGGAGAUAAGUUUCCGGGCUGAGCCGGGCUGGUUGGCAGCGGUCGUCACAUUCUUGGAGAGACGAAGCAGCCGGGACGUCGAGGAGUCGUGGGACAGUCCGUGUUUACUGGGGAAAUAACUGCUCCUCUACACAUACGGUGUUUGGAAACACGGCGGCGGCGGCGGCAGGAACAGGGCGAGUGCGUGAGUGGUCCGGCGGCGGUCCCGCUGCUAGCGAAACAUGAACAAAAACCACCGAGUGCCGAGCAACCGUUCACUGAGCGCCGUGGAGGUGAAGAGCAAGUUUGGUGCAGAGUUCCGUCGUUUCUCUCUGGAUCGGUCAAAGCCGGGCCGAUUCGAUGAGUUCUAUGGCCUCCUGCAGCACGUGCACCGCAUCCCCAACGUGGAGUUGCUGGUGGGCUAUGCUGACGUGCACGGCGACCUGCUGCCCAUCAACAACGAUGACAACUACCACAAGGCCAUCUCCACUGCCAGCCCUCUACUCAGGCUGUUCCUGCAGAGGAAAGAGGAAGCUGAUUACAACCCUUUUGGCACGGACUCGCUGACCAGGAAGAAAAACACAGUGCUUUCUGCUGUUCUCCUGCGGCCUGACGCCAACAGGAAGAAACCACCGGUCAUCAUCAGCCUCCCUAAGGACUUCCGCCCUGUGUCUUCCAUUAUCGACGUGGACAUCCUCCCAGAGACGCACCGACGUGUUCGCCUGUACAAGCACGGCCAGGAAAAACCAUUGGGCUUCUACAUCCGCGAUGGCUCCAGCGUACGGGUCACUCCACAAGGCCUGGAGAAGGUCCCAGGGAUAUUCAUCUCUCGCAUGGUGCCUGGCGGGCUGGCGGAGAGCACCGGUCUGCUUGCGGUUAAUGAUGAGGUGCUGGAGGUGAACGGUAUCGAGGUGGGUGGGAAGUCUCUGGACCAGGUGACAGACAUGAUGAUCGCCAACAGCCACAACCUCAUUAUCACAGUGAAGCCUGCCAACCAGCGGAACAAUGUUGUUCGCAGCGGAGGAGGAGGAGGUGCGGCCUCUGGUAGCUCAGGACGCUCGUCAGACAGUGGGGCCAGCUACUAUGGUUACUCAUCACAUGGUGGUGUCGGUGCGUUAGCCUCCAUGCCAUCGCACAUCAUCCAGAACUUCCCCGUCGGGGAGCUGGAGAGCGACGAGGAUGACGAGGACCUGGUGAUCGAGGUGGGAGGCGAGGCAGAGCCAAUCAGACGCACGCCCUCCAACUACAGCAUGCCCUCGCUGCUUCGGUACGAGCCGCACCUCAACCUCCGCACUGUCACCACCUCCGCCUCUGCUCAUUCCAUCAACGCCAACGGGACCCUGCCGGCCAGUGGCAGCAGUGGAUCACUAAGCUACGCCAACGCCCCUUCGACCACGCCAUCGCCAGACAGAGCUGUGGAGAGGCGGAGCCUGGAGGAAGAUGGCACUGUUAUAACUCUGUAGACUCCACAUUCGCACACAAAACACUGGAAACAAAUACACAAGAGAAACAAACACUCAAAUACUUCCACACACACUGGGGGGGAGCCAUGGACUGGCAGUUCAAACCCGGGACUUGGUGUUCCAUCAUACUGUGACUGUAACUGAGAAGCACAAUAAUGCGUGUGCAUAUUAAAUCUGACAGCUAAUUGUUUGUACAUCCGAACAUUUACGCAUCACACACUGCACCUCUACAUGCCAAUUACUAUGCAUGUGUGCCAUAGUGGUGACCCCCCCCCCCCCCCCCGAGUUCUUCAUGCACAGAAUUGUCAGAGAAAGAAGUGAAGAAGACAGUGUAGUUACUUCUACCUUACUCUCCACUUUAUUUUUAAACCACUAGGAGCACUUGUUUUUAACCCAAAAACUGUAUUUAUGCUGAAUGUCCACUAGAGGGCAUUCUAGUCUCUUUCUCUCUCCCAUUUCUUCUCAUCAGUCCCAUGAAUACAGUAGAUGAAGGUAAAAGUCCUGAGAACAAGUCAGGUUCCAUAACAGACACAGAUUUUAACUCAAGCAUUCGUUGACAAUCUGGUGCUGGGUUUAUGCUUAGUGUUUUUUGCCUUUUCACCCCACACAUCUACCCCUGCACCACACUACUUCUACCUGCCUUACAUGCUCCCUUCCCCCAGGUGAUCACAUUGCUCAACGGUUGCAGUACUGUCCACAGAAUUCGUUGCCCAACAAUCGACCAGUUAUUGAGAUCUGUAAUAAGAGUGACAUUUUUAUUCGAGGAUAGACCGCUAAAACAAAAAAACAAAAAACAAGUCUGGGCUUUUUGUUUCGGCUCAGAUGGUUUUAACAACUUCUCCUCUCUACCUGCUGCGUUAAUGACUGAAUGGUUGGUGUUUUUUUAAUAAUUCUACCCCUGUGAUUUAUAUCAUUUGACUAUUUUCUUUCUGUUUAUUUUUUUGAAUAUAGGAUCCUUGUAUUUUACAAGAAUCCUCCAGCAUGACCAUAUUCCAUAUGUUUGCGCGUCAGUCACUCACAUAAAAUUGCUCCUACCUGGGAAUGGGACAUGUUAUAAUUAGUUUUCUUAACAUUGCAGUCUUUUUUCCUUUCCAUGACAAGGGCUAUUUCCCCUGCUGCAUGUGUACAAAUGUCAAAAUGUGAGUGUGAUUUUAUUUUGUUUGUUUGUUCUCUUCCCCUUCAGUUCUGUCUGGACCACAACACAAUAUAUCUAAUCCCAGUGCUGUAAAGUAUAUUUAUCUCUGUCUGUCCAGGCCCUGAGAUCACUUGGAUGUGUCCUGAGACAUUCACAUAUGAAAAGUGUUCUCUCCAGUGUUUCUGCUCCAUUUUCUUAAAAACUCUCUAUAUAUAUCGUUAUUCCUAUUGAACUCAAUUAAUUACACUCUAUGAGCAAAUGCUUGAUAUUGACUUUGGGCCUAGAUGGCACAGCUAUAGUUGGACUGCAACACUAAUAGCAAACACAACCUCAGACAUGAGUGGUACACGGUGAGAAUAGAUGAACUGCCUGUAUCUCAAAGUGAACCCUGGUUAGAUUGAGGCAUGAAACACACACACAUGCAGGUACACUGGGCACAAACUGAUUCACUUCCUGUAUUUGUUGAAGGUGCGGCAGGUCUGCCUCAUUUACAGCAGGUCUUAGCCCUUGUGUGCAUUUGGCAUUCCAAUUGAAGCGAGGCUGUAUUGAGCUUCCUCUCAACACAAAAACACAAGAUCAGCCCCAAGUGUAAGAAUCCUUCAAAGUUCAUCGUUUUUUGUUUUAAAGCUGCAGUCGAAAAAUGUUUUCAAAUAGUGUUUGAAAAUUAAUUUCAACCUUUGAGGGAAGUUUGUGGCUUUGGGGCUGUAUAAAUGCAAUUGAUUCGACUUGACUUGCAAAAAUUUGGGUUGUGGAGUUGUAUAUGAAUUCACCAACAAACGUUCACACAGCAGCUUUAAAUUGCGUAUGAGGGCUUUUCUGUGUUCUUGAACACAUCCCACAGAAAGGAGUCGGAGUUCGUUUACCUCUCGUUUGUGAAGCAGCUCACCAACACUUAUUCGGUGUAAAUAUCCAUUACCGUAACAGACUGCUGUCCGCUGCCUCCCUGAAGUUAGAGCAGAUGGUCUAUUAUUAAUUAAGGCAAUAUCGUUAUCAUUAUUGCUCACUGAAACAUUGUUGACUUGCACAGUCUCUUUCAGUGAUGCCUAUUGGUUUCACCUGAGCCAAUAUGCUCUCGUAAUACCCAUAUAAUCACCAUCCAUUAAUGUUUAUCACUUUUAGUUGUGUUUGCUGUUUUAAAUAUCUGAUGAGCCUGUCACACUGAAUAUAUAUAUGACUGGAAAACAACACACGUGCGUCCGCCAUUGUAUUUCAAACUAAAUUAACCAGGUACUGUCUUUUUGGGCUUUUUAUAGUAGAGUGGGUGAUGGUGUGAUCCUGGCGUCUUUCAUUCCCCACAGUAAACACAGUGAUGAAUGGUUCUCUGAACGGAAGAUUUUUUAAGAAAUCAAUGUUAAUUUAUUUUCUAUCUCUACUUAAACCACAGGACACUGGGAUUGUAACCAUGGCGGCAUUCGUUAUUUAUUCUCUAAUCAUGUGUUUGCAUAUUGUCUUUCACUGUACACAUUGUACGACUUUAUUUUUUUAUAACUUGUAUGUUUUUGUUCAUUCGUGAUUGUUGUUUUUGGCCAUACAUCUCAUGGUACAGUACAGUAGAUGUCAUUGCCCAUUAGGUGACGAUUUCAAUAGGUGAUUUCACUGUUCUGGCUAAAGCAAGAGGAGAAUCCGACACACAUAUAAGACAUGACACUAUUAUUAUCUUCUUUUUUUCCCCAUACUGUGAAUUAUAAUUAUUAUUUGUGUGAAAAAAAACAGUUGUAUUAGCACAACCUCAAAAGAAGUGACUUUUUUUUUAAGUGAUUGAGCGAUGUUUUUUUUUUGCUUGCCAGAUAAAUCCUAUGGUAUAGAUUUGUAAUGAAGAUUGUCAGUAUUUUCAUAUCGAUGCUAUAUAUGAUGUACAUUUUUAUCACAUUUAAUGAAAAAAAUGUUUUAAAAUUCAACUGGAGAUGUAUGAAUAAAUAGAUGUACACCUGUAAUUUCUGAUUUAAGGAGCUGGAUAAAAUAAACUAAUGUGUAGCGA